UUUGCCGUUCGCACGGCGUUCUAUGUAAGCCGUGAAGAGCUUUCCGGUGUGUUGCGUGUCCGUGCGGUUUAUUUGUUAUCACAAUUCUCUCAUUGUGAACGUCUGUCAUCCCUCCGGCGCCCGACCGUCGCUGGUGCGGGUGGAAAGCACGAAAAGAGGAAAAGAAAAAAAAUAAAUUUGGACCCGUUAGAUUCGGAGGGAAGAGCAGUGGAGCAAACUCCGUUCCUGCAGUUCCGUUUCGUAUGACGGUGGCAUCGACACCCACGGGUAGAUCGGAGUCGCAGGCGGAAUGACGCGCUCGCCGCUGUCACGCUCGUGAGAGGACACAGCGGCCGGACGUGUGUCAUCGCGCGAACAUGUCCUCGCUGUCCCGGCGAGGGGAUCGCGAGCAGAGAGCGACAGACUCGAGCGCGAGGUCCACGCCUGUAUCUCGGAGGCUUCAGCUUUGCAGAUAAUACAACGCAGCUGUGCGAAAGUCGUGGUCUACGGUCCGUCCGGAAAUGACACGUGCCGACCUGUGAAUUGACGUAACGAUAUUCGAUUUGCCGAUAUUUGCGUAUCGUUUCGCGCGCCUUCGUGCCCCUUUCUUUCUCGCCUUGGUGAAUUUAUUAUGCUAUCAUCAUGACCACAAUACCGCUGACUGAUAAACAGCUUCAUCAACUGAGUAUUAGCAUUGGGAAAGCUGUAAACGCGACGGAAACGCCGGUUAAGGAAAAACAUGUCAGAAGUGCCAUCAUUGGUACAUAUAGAGAGAAGAGUGGCAGCAUCUUCUGGACGUAUAUGCUGAGACAGCCGUUGCAGGAGAAUCAAAUUGUUGCAUGGAAAUUCUGUCAUGUUCUGCAUAAAGUGUUGCGUGAGGGACAUUCCCGGGUCAUCGUUGAUUCCCAACGGUAUCGCGGCAAAUUGGAGGAUAUUGGGAAACUCUGGCAACAUCUCAGAGAGGGUUACGGUCGUCUUAUACAGCUGUACACAAGACUGCUAGUAACUAAAUUAGAUUAUCACAAACGAAAUCCGCGUUUACCGGGAAAUUUGCAAGUAACACCAGAGGAGCUCGAAGCAAUUGGAGAAAAUGAUAUUAAUAUAUACUUCCAGAUGUCUGUUGAAAUGUUUGAUUACAUGGACGAUAUCUUGAACUUACAGCAUGCAGUUUUUGGUUCUCUGGAUUUAUCCCGAUCCAAUUCGAUGACACCGUGCGGUCAAUGCCGACUCGCACCUUUGAUUCCAUGUAUCCAGGACGCUUCGCAGCUGUACGAUUGCUGCGUGAAAAUCUUGUUUAAACUUCACGGUGCGCUCCCGGCGGACACGUUAACUGGACACCGUGACAGAUUUUCGAAACAAUUCCACGAGCUGAAGAGUUUUUACAAUACUAUUAAACAUAUGCAGUAUUUUAAACAUUUAAUAGCAAUUCCGUCGUUACCUGAGAAACCACCUAACUUUUUAAUACAAGCCGAAUUGAGAACGUACGUCACGCCGAUAGUGGUACUUCCGCCCGAAGAAUCUAUUGAGACUGCCAUAGAAAACCUUAUUGAUACAUCUGAUACGGGAUCAUUAACGGGAGAUCAGUUGGAUUCUGUGAAUACGCGAAACGGCUCAAUAUCACCUGAUGCUCUUGCGGAAAGAGACAGCCUUAUUGAUCAUUUAUAUCAAGAAAAUGUUCGUCAAAGGCAAGAAGUAAAUCAUUUAUUAAUGGAUCAUCAACAAAUUGUUGCAGAUUUUAGAAAUCGCGUUCUAGAGUUGGAAUCGACUCUUUCUACUAAAAGUAACGAAAUCGUAACGGAAAAACAAACUUGUCAAAAGUUAAUAAAGGAUAAUGCAACUAUGUUAGUGAAAGUUAAAGAAAUUGAAGGAAAAAAUGAAGUCUUGGAGGAAAAAUUUAAAAAACUCAAGGAUGUUUAUUCGAAACUGAGAGAAGAGCAUAUCAGUUUAAUCAGAAAGAAAGCUGAAUUAGACAAAGAACUGGGAGGAAUAAAGAUACUACGGGAACAAUCUGAACGUCGGACGAUAAAGGCGGAGGAGCGAUUACAAGAGUUGCUUCAAGGACAAGCGUCAACGGAACAAGAAGCACAGAGAGUAGCGCAAGCGCGCGAGGAUUUGGAAGAUGUGAGAAAGAAACUCGACGCUGUCCAGACUGAAAAUUUGGCGUUGAUAGCAAAAAUAGAUUUUAUUACAUCCGAGAAAACGGCUUUGGAAGGAGAUCUCCAUGAUUUACUGGUACAAAAGGAGGAGCUGGAUUUACGAAUAGUAAAUUUGGAAACCGAUGCCGAACGAUCCCAUAAUCAGGUGAAAACUGACGCUAACACGGCUUUGUUUGAUUUGUUAUUGAACGCUAUAUCGGAAGCUGAAUCUAUUUUGCAUCAUGCGAUGCAUACGAUCGAUAGUCCGGCCAUAUCGGCGUUAACUUGUAUGCCCGAUUAUCUCGCAAGUUUACUGGUGCCGACAGAAAAGUCAUUUAACGAUUUGGAAGAAUCUUACAACAAUUAUAUGCUCGAUACAACGAAGGGAAAAGUGCUAAUUCGUACUGCUAUACACAGUGCAUACUUUCUGGCUCUCUAUCUGAUAUGUGCAAAAGCCACUUCGAAUACAUCGACGGAUAUUGGUAUAGCCGAUAGAUUUGCUGAUGAAUGCAAACAAUUAGGUUCGCAAGGUUUAAUUAUGUUGAGUUAUAUCAAAGAGAAGUCCUCAAUGACCAAUGCGCAAAUUGCAAAUGUCAAAAGUCAGUUACAAAAGAUUUCGUCUCUCAUAAGUACAUUAUCGACUACUCAGAACAAUGUGGAAAUUAUCGGGACUUUAGUAGAAAGCGAGUUGCACAGUAUGGAUAAAGCUAUAGAAGAAACGGUUGCAAAAAUACAGGAUAUGCUGGAUAAAUCUCGCGCGGCGGACUCGGGUGUGAAACUAAAAGUGAAUGAACAAAUCUUAGAUUCUUGUACGGAUCUGAUGAAAUGUAUAAGAAAAUUAGUGCAGAAGUCUCGAUUAUUGCAGAAAGAAAUUGUGGAACAGGGAAAGGGAACCGUUUCUGCCACCGAGUUUUAUAAACGUAACCAUCAAUGGUCCGAGGGUCUUAUCUCGGCAGCAAAAGCGAUUGCUAUGGGCGCAAACUUUUUGUUAGAAGCAGCGGAUAAAGUUGUGCUAGGCAAUGGCAAAUUCGAACAAUUGGUUGUUGCUUCGCAAGGAAUUGCGGCAUCUACGGCGCAAUUGGUAGUUGCUAGCAGAGUUAAGGCUGAUAGAAACAGUAAUAAUUUGACUGAACUCUCUAAAGCUUCGAGAGAAGUGACUCAAGCUACAGCGAAUGUUGUCGCAACUGCUAAGAGUUGCAAUCAUCUUGUUGAGGAAAACGAAGAUCUAGAUAUGUCGAAUCUGAGUUUACAUCAAGCUAAAAGGCUCGAAAUGGAAGCUCAAGUGCGAAUCCUAGAACUGGAACAGGCUCUAGAAACCGAAAGAUUACGUCUAGCCGCUCUUCGACGUUAUCAUUAUCAACUUGAUGGUGAGAACGAGGCGUAAGCUGAGCUGGAUUUGAGCUUAGAUUAAGGAUAUUCAACAGACACAAAAAUUGUAUGUAGAUAAAAAAAAGAUCAUAGUAAUUAUGUAAAUUAGUAUCGACCAGUCUCGAUUUAACUAACCAUCAUAGAAAUUGAUUUUUCGUUCUUAGAAACGAAACUUGUUAUUCAUUUAUUGUAUACAGCAUUUAUGUAUUAUGCAUGUCUCGAAGAUCAACAAUAUUUUCCCGUCGUAUCAUAGAAAUCUAUUAAAUGUGCUUUAUUAAAUAAUACUCGAUUAUGUUUAAUGAAUCUUAUGGAAUGAUUUAGGUUUUGUCGUUUUUUAAUCUACUUCCAAAAUCGUUUUUUUUUUUAUUUUCUAUUAAACGAGUAUUUAUAAGAUAAAGUACAUUUUACGAUAAAUUUAAUGAGCAAUGAAAUUCAAAAUGUCUAACACGAGUUUCUAUUACAUUUUGAGUAAUUUUAUAAGAGCUGUGUUUUUUCCUAAACAAAUAUAUAUACAUAUAUAAAUACAUAAGGAGGAUUGUAUGUUAAGUGAUCAAUACCUGAAACUAGAAAUACAAAGUUUACUAACGUUAGAUACAUGUGUGAGAUAUUUUUAUUUUCGAAUAGAUUAUUUGUUUCUUACGUAAUAACUAAGACUAAAAGUUUUUCCAUUACAUUUCCUGACAAUCAGUUCGAUAAUAAGGAAAAUUAACAAGAAAAAGAAAAACUUAACAUAAAAUUCCUCUAAUGGUCUUACCAAAGUUAUUAUUUUAUAAACACAUUUUUCUCAAUAAAUUAUCGAAA